CCACACUAAUUGAUUCCACAGCUAAAAACACGCAAGAUGUCAAAAUCAUCACACUAUUUUCUGGACCUAUUUCAUAAUAAAUGAGUGAUGGCGCUUAUCCACAUAUAUUAAAUAUAAAUCAACACAUAACGUUGCGAGCUUUCCUAUCGCAUUUCUUUGCCAAAAAGGUGACAAACAUGCAAUGAUCAUAGAAACUAAAUAAUACUCCAUAUAUCCCUCAAGAAUUCAGCGAAGACUAGAGUUAUGGAUUUUAACAAUAUAAAAAAGGAAAGCAUUGUUCGUUUUUCGUUGGAGAAUUCCCACAUCGAGAGUAAGGCAGUCGACGAGAAGAAAGGAAACUCGAAAAAAAUAAGGAAAAUUCUUUGGAUAGUUAUAAAAUUCAUGAUCUUCGUUGCUUGCGUAGGAGGAUUCUCAUACCAGAUAACGGAGUUUAUAACACAUUUCUACACUUACCCAACAGUUGUCACAUUAGAUUUACAAGAGCCUGAUUCGUUCGUCAAACCGGCAAUAACAAUUUGUUAUCUCAGCCCAGUAAAGAGAACUGCAUUUUGCAACAAUUUCCCAGAAAUGUGCGAACAUGUAAAAGAUAUUAAAUCAUUUUGUUCUGAAAGCCCCCACUACUGUCGAUUAGGAAAUAAUAUGUACAACUUCAUGGUACCUAAGGACCCUGAUUUUCGUUUCAACAAAGAUGAAAAAAGCAGGAAAAUGUUAGAUGAUCUCAUUAAAUUCACCGAUUUUGGAAUAGCAUCACAGAUGGGAUACGGAAAUGAUUAUGAUGGCCCGUUCUAUAUGGAUUCAGCUCUUCCCUGUUACACUUUAAAUAAUAGGGCAUUUUCAAAUGAAGAACCGAAUACGGGUGAAUUUCUGAAACAUUUAAGAAAAUCACGCAUGGGGAAAAGCACAACAGUUGAAGAAGUUCAAAUACAAGUGAAUGAAUUAGAAGUGUUUGAUUAUGCUUCAAAGCCGGGAGCCCUCCUUUCGGUUCAUUCACCUUUUGAAGUUGUUGAUCCAGGAUCUGACGGAGUUAUUCUGGAGCCUAAUAAGAAAUACAAAGUACACAUCCGAUUGGAAGAAAAUCAUUUGUUGAAGCUCCCAUAUAAAACCGAUUGUAGGGACUACGAGGAAGAGUGGAUCAAAAACGGAAGAACUGGACCUCGAUCACAACAGGUGUGCGUCAACAGUUGUUGGAAUGAAUACAAUUUAAAGUGCUUCAACUGCUCAAAGCCACUGAUGAAGAGGCAACUUCAAGCAACUUGCGUAACUCUGGUUCAAACGUCUUGUGACCUUGAGAAAGCCGGAAAUAUUGUAAAAGAAUGCUUAGCAGCCUGUAAGAAUGCCUGCAAGGAGAGGAAAUACAUUUACAAAGUUCAACAGCAGCCGUAUGUGAACAGGUUUAAAGAUUGGGACGGAGAACUUGCGAGAAUUCAAGUUGGUCUGGUCGUCGAUGAACCAGAAAUUCUAGUGCUUGCUCACAAACCUCAAUAUUUAGCUAUUGAAUUAUUUAGUUACAUCGGGGGAUUUCUGGGAUGCUGGCUGGGAAUUUCUAUUUGGUCAUCGUCUUCUUCUGCUUUUGAAAUUUUGAAUCGUUUUAAAGCUAUAUGGAAAAAAGCGAAAGAGGAGGAAACGAAGGAAGAUAAGGAUUUAUGGAUGAAUUAAAAAUUUUAAAUGCAUGUCUCAGGAAUAUUUUCAAAAGGAAAACUUUUUAUGAAUUUCUUGCACUUGGAAUAGAAUUAGAUUUGCCCUAUUUCCAGAAUUGUCUCUUGUGUUACAUAAUAACAAAGUUCUUUUCAACGCAUCGAUAAAAAUGUAGAAAACAUUUAAAAUGUAUAGAAUUUUUCGGCUUACAAAAAUGCUGUUACAUUUUCUUGAAAAAUUUUACAUGUCAAGAAAAUAGUGGUCUACAUUUUUUAAAUAAAUUUUUAUAUUUUAAAACA